AUAUCCUUGAUUUUUCUUCUUCUUUCUUGAUCUUUGCCUGCCAUGUCUCUCACCCUUAAGCUCUCCUCCCUUGUUAUCCGCACACUGUCGAAGCCGAUCGCCAACCAAAUAAAAGCACAGGCUCGCGAACAUGAACGCUUCCGCCGGAUCUGCGUCUCCAUGGCGCAAGGGCUGCACCGCAUCGACAUGCGCCUCCGCCUAGGCACGCUGCGCGACAACGCCGCAUCCCAGAAACGGGCAGCGGCCGAGGCGGAACUUCGCAAACUCAAACCCACCUCCCCAACGGCCAAAACCGAGGCCGAGACCAAAGCAGAAGAGGCAGCCCUCGCCAAGGUUCAAGAGGCGGCUAAACCGGCGCCCAAGCCUCACAUUCGGCCGCUGUCGGAGUCGAAAGCCAUCGAAUCCGGUGCGACCUUCAUCAGUGAGACGUUCUUGUUCCUGGUGGCGGGUGGGUUGAUCGUGUUCGAAUCAUUGAGGUCUCGCCGGAAGGAAACAACGCGCCGGGAGGAUGUUGAGAGCCGGCUGGCGGAGUUGGAGCAGACGGAGAAGGCUACGAGGGAGGCUUUGAUUGCCCUGGAGAAGGAGCUGCUGCAACUGAAGGCCAAACAUGGGGAGCUACCCAAGUCUUCGAAACGGAUACUGCCGCGCUGGGUAUGGGAUACCCCUGAGGAGACGGUAGCAGAGGUCGAGGCGCCAGGGCUGUUCUCUCGCGUUGCGUCGUAUCUCUCGUUUGGGGAGAGCGCAGAGCAGCGGGCUGCAGCGGUAAUCAAUGAGAGCAAGACCGUGGCCACGACAUCAACGAGCGCUGCGCAACAGCCUGUGCCAGUGGCCACUUCAGCGGGGCAUGAUUCGAAUGCAACGGGGCCAAAGAAGGCUUAGAGGUUGUUGUGACAGCGCUGUAUAUAUGAUGAGUUAGAUUUCGUUGUGGAGACGUUGGGAGAGUACAUGGCUUGCUGAUAUUUUGGGAUACCCUUUUGUACAUUACGGCGUGGGUUGACGAUGGGUUGGUUCCGGU